AUGGUGCAGGCGGCCAGCGACGGCAGUGCAACGGACGUGCAGCGCGUGAACCAGCAGCUCGAGGAUCGCCACUACGAGUUCCGCUCCAAUUGCAACGACGGCGAAGGGGACGCGAGUGCGUGUCACAGUUGGGGCGAGUGGCUGGCGGUCGUGGACAAGAACUAUACGGCCGCAGCCAAAAUGUACGAGCUCAACUGUUCGAAGAGUGGGUUCGCGGCUUCGUGUUUUAAUCUUGGGAGGCUGAAGCUUUCUGGCAAAGGCACAGCGCAGAACGAUGUCGAAGCGUUCGAGCUGUUUGAGAAAUCUUGUGCUCUAAACCACGCUGCUGGUUGCCAUCAUGUGGGCUAUAUGCGUACGCAAGGAGUUGGCUGCGAAAAGGAUUUCGCCAAGGGUCUCGCUGCGUUCAAGAAAGCGUGCAAGCGUGACGAUGCGAAUAGCUGCAACCGCGUGGCGAGCAUUUACCUGUCCCCGGGUGGCGCCGGUUCGAUUCAGCGCAACGUUCAGGAGGCCAAGAGUUAUCUCGAAAAAGCUUGUGACGCCAACUUUGCCCCCGCAUGCCACAACUUGGCCGUGAUGUACAAGAAGGGCGAUCAUGGUAUCACGAAGGACGAGGCCAAGUACGAGGAGUAUUGCGCCAAGACAAAGAAACUCGUCGAGCAGGCAGGCGGCAUGUCUUCGAUCAAGUCGACUUAG